GUCAAAAUUGGAGGAGCCUCUGGUCACCUUUUUGGGACCCGGGUUAGCGGUCCAAGAUGAGCCAGGUUCUGUUUCAGGAGCUAGUCCCGUUGCUGGUGAAAUGCAAAGAUUGUGAGGAGAGAAGAAUACAUAUUCGAGUGAGUGUUGAACUACAAUCAGUUUCUAAUCCAGUUCACAGAAAGGAUUUAGUUAUUCGUCUGACUGAUGAUACAGAUCCAUUUUUUCUGUAUAAUCUGGUUAUAUCUGAGGAGGAUUUUCAGAGUUUAAAAUUUCAGCAAGGUCUUCUGGUUGACUUCUUAGCUUUCCCACAAAAAUUUAUUGAUCUCCUUCAGCAGUGUACUCAAGAAUAUACCAAAGAAAUUCCCAGGUUUUUGCUGCAGUUAGUUACCUCAGCGCCACUAUUGGAUAACUCACCUGCCUUUUUGAACGUGGUAGAGACAAAUCCUUUUAAGCAUCUCACCCACCUCUCACUAAAACUUUUACCCGGGAAUGAUGUGGAAAUAAAGAAAUUUCUGGCAGGAUGUUUAAAGUGUAGCAAGGAAGAAAAAUUAACACUGACGCAAUCCCUAGAUGAUGUUACUAGGCAACUGAAUGUCACGCAAAAGACAUUAUCAGAAAAAAUUCAAGAAUUAGAUAAACUACGAAAUGAAUGGACAUCGCACACAGCUGCCUUAUCAAAUAAACAUUCUCAGGAAUUGACAAAAGAAAAGGAAAAGGCCUUGCAGGCACAAGUUCACUCUCAACAACAGCACGAACAACAGAAAAAAGAUCUAGAGACUCUCCAUCAAAGAAACAUCCAGCAGCUACAAAACAGGCUGUCUGAGUUAGACACGGCUAAUAAAGACCUGACUGAAAGGAAAUACAAAGGCGACUCCACCAUCAGAGAACUCAAGGCAAAAUUGUCCGGUGUUGAAGAGGACCUCCAGCGGACCAAGCAAGAAGUCCUCUCCCUGAAAAGAGAGAAUUCUGCACUGGAUGCUGAAUGCCAUGAAAAAGAGAAACAUAUUAAUCAGCUACAAACAAGAGUGGCAGUUUUAGAACAAGAAAUCAAGGAUAAAGACCAGCUUGUGUUGAGAACAAAAGAAGCAUUUGAUACAAUCCAGGAACAAAAGGUGGUUUUAGAAGAAAAUGGUGAGAAAAAUCAGGCGCAGCUCGGAAAACUUGAAGCUACAAUAAAGUCACUCUCAGCAGAACUUCUUAAGGCAAAUGAGAUUAUCAAGAAGUUACAAGGGGAUUUAAAAAGUUUAGUGGGUAAGUUGAAAUUGAAAAACACAGUGACCGUUCAACAAGAGAAACUCUUGGCGGAGAAGGAAGAAAAAUUACAAAAGGGACAAAAGGAAUUACAAGAAGUUGGACAGUCUCUUCGACUUAAAGAGCAAGAGGUAUGCAGAUUACAAGAGCAGUUAGAAGCUACAGUGGAAAAACUUGAAGAAAGUAAACAGCUUCUAAAAAAUAAUGAAAAGUUGAUCACAUGGUUAAAUAAAGAAUUAAAUGAGAAUCAGCUAGUGAGAAAGCAAGAUGUUUUAGGAUCUUCUACCACUCCAUCUUUACAUUCUACUGGCAACAUGAUCAGAAGCGGAAUUUCUCCCAACUCCAAUCUGGUUGAUAGUAGACUCACUUAUCCAGCUUGUGGGAUAGGCUAUCCCAUCUCCUCAGCGUUUGCAUUCCAGAAUACCUUUUCUCAUCCUGUAUCUGCAAAAAGUGCCAUCCACCCAGCUUCUGGACCAAAGGUUCAAUUUAACUUGCAGUUUACAAAACCAAAUGCAUCCCCAGAAGGUCAGCCAGGUGCAGCUAUGAGUCUGCCUUGCUCAACUGAUAAAGAAAAUAGUGAAAGUUCAGGGCUGGAAUCUAAGUAUCUGAAGAAGAGGGAGGAUAGCAUUCCUUUACGUGGGCUCAGCCAAAAUUUAUUCAGCAAUCCAGAACUUCACAAAGAUGGCACAAUAGGAGCAUUGCAGACUGCCAAGCCAACGGCGUUCUCUUCCACAGCGUCCGCUUACUUCCCUGCACAGCCACAGAACAGUUGAUCGAGCUUUGUCUUUCCUUAUUAAAGAAAUUCAGGUGCUUUGAGAAUAUAUCCACUAGACAAAAUCUACAAUGAAAACGUUUGGUAGCAGACUAAUUUGUACUUCAGAUUGAUGAGGAUUCUGAGUAAGAAAUUUUGAAUUUGUGACCUUAGGAUGUUUUAUGGACUAGCACAAAUUUUAUGAACUUAUUUGACACUUUCUUAAAAGUUCUAAGGCAAGGGUACCUUCUUUUAAGGGACUUUCAAAUCCUAUCUGAGCAAAUGAAAACCUUUGCAGAAGUAAUCUAAAACCAAAGAAUGCUAUUUUCAUUGGUAAAAUAAA